AUGAUGUCAUGUCUACAUACUGUGAUAGUCGCUAAUACAAACAAGCUUCAACAGCGCACACCAGAUCACGUGGAGCCUGAGGAGAUCCGAGACUACGACCCCAAGGCCCCGCUAGUGCAGGAGACUUUGACGGAGGAGGAGGAGCAGGAGAAACGAGCGCGGAUUCAAGCUCACAAUGGGCGCAUCACUCGCUGGUACGCCUAUCGAAUUCGACGCGCUCUGAAGCGACAACGGGAAUGCGGUCUCGACCCGCGCAAGGAUCCCUUCGCGGUGCUGAUGGGGAAACUGUCCGGAAUCACUCGCCCACCGAAAGCGCGUCAGGGAUGGCAGCAAUAUAUGCGUGAAGCGAAAGCAGUGGUGGAUCCUAUCAUCCAGCAGAAGCUGGAGGCGCUGCCGGAGGGGGCUUCAAAACGUGGAGAUUUUCGGGCUGGGGUCGUGCGGAAGCUUUUCAGGGAGCUGGAGCAGGAGGAGCAGAAAGCCGUACAACAACGCGCCGCCGCUGAGGGGGAUGUGAAGAAGGCUGAGUAUGCUGCAAGCCUCGCUGCCGAACCACCUAGGGAUCCAUUGAGUCGACAUUGUGCAAUCAAGGCCCUGGACAGUUUCAUGCGCCCCAUUAUCAAGGGUGUUCACGAACGCACUGGCCUCCAUGUUACGAUGCUUGUAGGAGGUCCGAUGCCGGAGUUCGGUGGCGAGCUUGGGACACAUCUCAUUUCCUGUGGCGAAAACAGAGCGGCCGACGCAGUUCACUGGGGCCAAUGGGAUGCGAAGAGAUUCAAACGACACGUUACCGACUUUUUCCUGGAGUAUCUCGAGACUGCAUUCACGAAAGCGGACUGUGAAGCUUCUGCGCUGGCAGCAGAUGGGCUGAAUGAUGGGUUGCUGGUCGAUUCUACCAUGCUCGCUACCGCCAAGUACAAGAUUGCGUCAAAGGAUGACGAUUCAUCCUCCUCCUGCUCCGACAAUUCUGACGACGAGGAUCUGGCCUCGAGCGAUUCGGAGAUUGAUAUGGAGCGCGAGCAGCUUGCGGCGGCGGUUGAGGGUAGACAGGGCGGGUCGUUGAAGGGGAGAGGGAAGCGGAAGGAGCGAACAAAAGAUAAGGGGAAGGAGAAGGAGGGAACAAAGGAUAAGGUCGCAAAACCCCGAGCCAAGCGCAAGGCGAAGGCGAGCGAGAAUGCGGGCGCAUCCACCACCGUCCCAUCCACAACCAGCGCAUCCCCGAGCGUGCCAGCCACAACCCUCCCAUCGACAACCAGCGCAUCCACCACCGUCCCUUCCACAACCAGCGCAUCCACCAGCUCUGUUGGUGUCACAAACGGUAGCGGCGUCUCAUCAAGAACAUCGUCCCCGGCACCGUUGGCGAGUUCACGCGAAUCCUCGCCUGUUGCUGAGACGACGGCAGCUCUUACGUCUGAGGACAGAGGGGAUGAUGAAGAAGAUGUGGAGGCCAAGGAGGCAAAUAUGACCCCGGAAGAGCUGAAACGUCAUCGCCUGCCGGAGCCCUGCAAGACUUUGGUCACCUUUUUGACCAAGCAUGGGACGGCAACAUACGAGGACUGGUACGCGGACGUGCCUGACAGUGACCUGCCCUUCAUGAUCAUGCGGCGCCGUAACAUCGCGAAGAAUCAGGCCAUGCUGAGGGCGCUGAAUCUCGAGGGGGCUGUGGACGGUCUGAGUCGGUCCGAGGGCAAAGAGGCAGCCCCGGCUGUGAAGAAGAAGCGACGAGCAUCGAGGUCUUCGGCAUCCGCUGGUGGUCCGGAGAAGAGGAGGAGGUCGAGCAGAUUGGCGGUGACAUCACCAAAUGAGGGUUCCUCGAACGCGGGUGCGGGCGAAGAAGAUGAAGAGAUGGAGGGUUCUCCGGUACCAGGGAGCGCGAAGGAUGGGGCGGAUGGAUCACAGCCAGAUUCCGGAGCCAGCAGCGCCAAGAAUGGGACGGAUGGAUCACAGCCACCUCCAGGAGCCAGCAGCGGAAAGGAUGGGAUGGGAGGAUUGCAGGGAUCGUCAUCUGUGAUCGAACAACGCAUGCGACCAAUCUGCCCCAUCAAAGCGGAUGUAUGGUUCAAGACCGCGCACCAAAACAUGGUGCAAUUUGACCUGGGGCCUCAUUUUGAUGCGGUGGUGGAGGCUUGGACGAGGACCGAGGCUGCCUCGCGCUAUGAGGUUGCGGAUACCAAACUGCCAUCGGAGAAUCGCCCAGCGGAAGUUUCAACCUGGAUCAAAGGACAGCGGCGAAAGGUGCCUGAGAUUCGGGAUGUCAAUCGGUUUGGGAUGCAGUUUAUGGCCUGGUGGGGUGGGAUGCAGCCAGAUUGGCGGAAGCAAGACUCGUCGAAUGGUGGAUGGACAAGAGGUUCAUAUGGGGAGGAAUGGGGGGAGCUGUUUCAGUGGGGCCCAAACGGGGUUUUAUCGUUGGUUGCCGGGCUGUGCUUCUGGGGGAAUGCACUGACGGCCGAAACAUCGGCGGUGGAUCAAGAGAAGUGGCUGGAGGCUGUGAUCGACGUCGGAUGGAUGCUGGAGGGCCUAGCUACACAUUAUGGGCGGUGGAAAGGGCGGGGACGGUGGUAG